UGGCGGGAAAGAGCUCCCCUGGCUGCCUAUUAAACCGCGAAACUACUGGUACCCGAUUCAGAGAAGAAAAUGGCCUUCAACACCACUUCCUCUUCUGAAAAGCGUGCCAUGGUGAAUCCCAAGAAUUUGAGGUUCACCCAGCCUAACGUUAAGUCUACUUUCACUGAUCCCACACACCCUAGUGUCAGAGACACCGCUUGUUUGAUGCAACGAGGCCAGUUGAGCCCUGAUGCGUUGGGCUCUCUGCAUAUAUCUACAGACAAACAUGGCCGCAUCUGGUGUGAUAAUAACCGUCGCCUCUUUGCCCACAAAGAGGCAGGUGUUGAUUCUGUACCCGUCGUUUUUGACGGCAAUCGACGCCCCAAAAAUUCGGUAAAAAGUACGCUGGAUGAUCCAGGUUUUAUGCCGCGGAUCCGAGGUGAAUCGUCGGGGGUUCAAAUCCCACAGCCGCCCACUUCUGGGCGGAACGCUCAUCAAAUGCAAAAGGAGCCUUCGCUGCGGUGUUCUGUCUCUGCUGGUUAUUCGGAGAGACAGAUGUAUAACAUCCAUCAAGAACAAGGCGCCCUGAAGAUCGAUUACGAGUACUCUUACUCGUACAAAGAAAAAGGCACUCUGAAGGUCAUUUCCCCAUACAAGGACCAAGAAAAGCUUGAGGCUAGGUUCAGACAGCUUGAUAUUAAGCCUGCUUUUAGUGGUCCCACAUACCCCACUCACAGAGAAUCGGUUUCUUCAAAACAGUGGGGAGAAGUGAAUCCUGAUGUUUUCGGCAACCCUAUUGUACACAGAGACCAGAACCGUAGUGAUUCUGUAUCAGUAAACUUUUAUGGCAAUCAGCGACGAAGGAAUGUGGUCGAAAGUAAGCGGAAUGAUCCAGCCUUGAUGCGCAGGAGCAGAGGCGGAGUAUCGGGGGUUCAAAUCCCACCACCGCCCAGUUCUGGGUGGAAUGCGUAUCAAAUGGAGAAGGAGACUUCUUUGCUGGGUCCUGUUUCUGCUGGUUAUUCGAAGAGUCAGGUGUAUAACAGGCAUCAAGAGCAUGAGGUCCAUUACAAGUACUCGUAUGAAGGACAUGGCGCCCUGAAGAACGAGUACCCAUAUGAAGACGAAGGCAAGGUGGAGUAUGUUCACACUGUCUUCUCUGAAGAUGAGGUCCAGUAAUGUCAUACCCCUUACCAUGACAUUUGCGAUUAGUAUUUAGGGUUCAAUUUCCCCUUACUAGUGCCAUUACCAUUUCCAUUACGGUUAGUGUUUAGGGUUUAAUUUCCCCUUACUAUUACCAUUACCGGUAGUGUUUAGGGUUUAAUUUCCACCUUUUCCAUUUGAUAGUUUUGAUAGUGCUAAGACUGUUGCAUUAGCUCUGAAGAAUCUGGUUGAGAUCGAAUUCAGAAUAUAGUUUUAACCUGAAUUAAACUGUGGGUUAUUUUCUCAGUAUACUCUAUUUUGUUAAACUGGGGGUUAUUUUGUCGAUAUGAUCUGUAUGCAAAAAUGUGAACUGUUGCUGUUUUUCUGGGAUAGCUUACUCGCAGUUGUAUAUGUUGGACUAUGUCUGUAAUUGAAUUCACUAUUGUCUCUC